UUCUCCUAUCCAUUAAACAAUUGUCUCUCGAAUGUGAAAAGAAGACAAAGAAAGAAAUAGGCGUGGAAACAACAAACCCUCCACCCCUUUAGUCAAGUCUUCUCAACCAAUUCCAUUUUUUUCCUCCAUACGUUUUCCCAAUCAAUACCCACUCCUCCUAUCUACAAAAUCGCAUGCACUUUCCCAUCCUCAUUCUCCACACAAAAAUUCUUGCAUCAAACACAUAUUUCUAUCUUUUUCCACUUUCGUUAAAACAUUCUCCGCUAUGAUCACUAAACAAAAACAAGAACAACUUCUCUUGUUCCUGAUCUUAGUUUUGGGGAAAAUAGCAUUUUUCAUUAUUCCAACAACGAAUGGCCAAGUGAACCACCACCGCCAGUGCCGCCAAACAUGCGGUUCCUCCAAACCCGUCCCUUACCCAUUCGGAUUCUCCUCCGGCUGCGCAAUCCGCCUGAACUGCACCGCCGGCGUGGCCUCCGUCGGAGAAUUCCCGGUCAAAGUCAACACAGACAGCUUGAUCGUGAGCAUCGAAGCCCAAUGCAAUCGCUCAUUCGAUAGCUUCCACCAUCUGUUCAGCCACAAAUAUGCACCCACUUCGCGAAACGUGAUCCUCUUAGACAACUGCACCGCUACGCCUUUACCCUGCUCCAUUCCGGAGACUCUGGUGCGGACCCACUUCGAAUCCGUGGGCUGUGGCAACGCCUCCGGCACCGGCGAAUUGAGCUGCUACUUCGAGAAAAUAACCAACGGAUUCAUGGAUCAGAGAAUGUUGGAUGAAAUCCGGUGCAAGUACUUUAUGUCGUCCCUUUCAGUGCCAGAUAUCAAAAACAUUUCGGGUACUGCGCCUUUGUCUUUGGGUGUAAAUGUAAUCGAACUUGGAUGGUGGCUUCAGGGAGAUCGAUGUUUAUGUUCUGAUCACGCCAAUUGUACCACGCUUCAGUCGCCGGUGGACAGAAAACCAGGGUUCCGGUGUCGCUGCCGUGACGGGUUCGUCGGCGAUGGGUUUUUGGUCGGAACUGGUUGCCAGAAAGCCUCGUCAUGCAACCCAGCGAAGUACAUGUCUGGUCGAUGUGGAGGAACAACGAGAUUCAUAGUCUUAAUUGGUGGGUUUGUUAUUGGCGUUUCACUGAUGGUUACUUUGGGUUCACUAUGUUGUUUCUACCGCCGACGCUCCAAAUUGAGAGUGACAAAGAGCACGAAAAGGCGUUUAACCGAAGCCACUGGCAACAAUAGUGUUCCUAUCUAUCCCUACAAAGACAUUGAGAAAGCCACGAAUAGUUUCUCAGAGAAGCAACGGCUUGGAACUGGAGCAUACGGGACUGUUUAUGCUGGGAAACUCUACAACGAUGAAUGGGUUGCCAUCAAAAGGAUAAAACACAGAGACACUGACAGUAUUGAGCAAGUAAUGAACGAGAUCAAGCUCCUUUCUUCAGUGAGCCACACCAAUUUAGUUCGUUUGUUGGGUUGCUCCAUUGAAUACGGAGAACAAAUCCUAGUGUACGAGUUCAUGCCCAAUGGAACACUGAGUCAGCAUUUGCAGAAGGAGAGAGGGAGUGGUCUUCCUUGGCCAGUUCGACUCACGAUUGCCACUGAAACUGCACAAGCCAUAGCACAUCUUCAUUCAGCCAUUUGUCCCCCCAUUUACCACAGGGACAUCAAGUCCAGUAACAUACUCUUGGACUACAAUUUCAGGUCCAAAGUUGCAGAUUUUGGUCUUUCUAGACUUGGGAUGACCGAAAUAUCCCACAUUUCGACAGCCCCACAAGGAACCCCCGGCUACGUUGAUCCACAGUACCAUCAAGACUUUCACCUCUCUGACAAGAGCGACGUGUAUAGCUUGGGUGUUGUUCUUGUUGAGAUCAUAACGGGACAGAAAGUGGUGGACUUUUCACGCCCACAUAACGAAGUGAACCUGGCUUCUCUUGCUGCGGAUAGGAUCGGGAAAGGGCUUUUAAAUGAGAUUAUAGACCCAUUCCUUGAAGCCGAAGCAAGAAGUGACGCAUGGACUCUUUCCUCCAUACACAAGGUGGCUGAGCUUGCAUUCAGAUGCCUUGCGUUCCAUAGGGACAUGAGGCCUUCGAUGACAGAAGUGGCUUCAGAGUUAGAGCAACUUAGUUUGAGUAGGUGGACAACAAUGGGAGACAACAAUUGUGCAACCUCAACGGAAUUGUCCUCUUGCUCUUCCUCCUCAAAUGAAAGUGAGAAACCACUAAGCACCGGAAUGAAGAAUGCUGGAGGGGCAAAGGGUAAAGGCCACCUCAAGCUCCAAACUGGGCCUGUUCAUUUAAUGUCAUUACAAAGGCCCAAUAGUAACUCACCGGUCUCGGUGCAAGACCAAGAGCUGUGGUUGAGUGAGCAGAGUUCUCCUUCAUCGAAUAGUUUUCCAAGCAAGUCAUUUGAUUGAUCAGCCAAGACAGCUCUUUGUUUUUAUCGAAUAGUUUGUUUGUAAAUCAUUUGAAUUACCUCGAAGGAGGCAAACAAACAAACAUGAAUUCAUUUCUCACUAAGGUGGCUUUGAAGGACAUGCAUUUGCACAGGGAUAGCAUCUUUUGUGUUAUGAAGUCACAUUUUAGGAGAAAUAUAGUUUAUGGAAAAAAUUAACCAAAUCCAUGAGACAAAUGUUAAGAACUAGGAAUUACCUUAGGUUAUGUUUAGAUUAACGGUAAAGAGUGGAAUGGAGGAAAAUGGAAAAGUUAUUCUGUUGUUUAUAUAAUUUGUAAAAAUGACAUUGAAGAAGAUAAAACUUAAUCCAUUCCAUUUCAUUA